AUGGAGCGUCCUCCCCAAAAGCGUCUUUUGACGCCGUUUCUUCUGAAAAAGGUGCCUCCAGUGCCGUACGAGGAUGAGCGAGUCGAGUUCCCCAAGAGCCCGAAUAUCUUUUCGACAAUAUUCUUUUGGUGGCUCCAUCCUGUGAUGGCGACCGGGUACAAGCGUACGUUGGAUACGCCUGACUUGUUUAAGGUCAAUGAUGACAACAGAGUUGAGACGUUGACGAGGAAAUUCGAAGAUAUCUUCAUGAGGCGUCUACAGCGAGCUCAAGAUGCCCACAUUGCUGCAAAGCGUAAAAAGAGACAUGAGGGCCCUGGAAUCUCCAGUGUGCCACCGGAAGUGGAUCUCCAGGAUUUUGUUCCACCCAAAUUCUUGUGCUUGUGGUCUAUUUUAGAGACUUUCAGGUGGCAAUACGGCCUUGCGUGCUUGUAUAAUACUUUGGCCAAUACCGCAUCGGUGUGUAAUCCCUUGCUUUCCAAGAAACUCAUUCGUUUUGUCGAGAUGCACGCUUUGGGUCUCGAUAGUGCUGUUGGUAAAGGUGUGGGUUACGCUAUUGGUGCAUCGUGCAUGGUGCUUACGCUUGGUAUCCUAAUUAACCAUGGUUUCUAUAAUGCCAUGUUGACUGGUGCUCAGGUAAAGGGUGUAUUGACAAAGGCAUUCUUGGACAAAACUUUCCGCUUGAGCGAUCGCUCCAAACACGAAUACCCAAUCUCGAAAAUUACCUCGAUGAUGGGCACUGACUUGGCCCGUAUCGACUUUGCCUUGGGUUUCCAGCCUUUUUUGGUGUCUUUCCCUGUCCCCAUGGCCGUGGCUAUCGGUAUAUUGAUUUGGAACAUUGGUGCCCCGGCUUUGGUUGGUAUUGGUCUUGUUUGGUUGUUCUUGCUUUGUAUCAUUGUCUUCACUGGUAAAUUGUUUCAGUACAGAAAGAAGGCGAACAAGUACACUGACGCCCGUGUCAAAUAUAUCAAGGAGGUGCUCAACAAUCUCAAGAUCAUCAAAUUUUAUUCUUGGGAAGAACCGUACGAUGACGCUAUUAGCACAAAUCGUAAGAAGGAAAUGAACAUUAUCUACAAAAUGCAGAUUGGAAGAAAUGUCAUUGUUUCUCUGUCCAUGUGCUUGACCUUAUUUGCAUCGAUGGGAUCUUUCUUGGUGCUAUACGCUACUUCUGGCUCCACUAAGGAUCCUGCAAGUUUGUUCUCUUCCAUUUCCUUGUUCAACUCCUUGGCCCAACAGGUUAUAAUGGUUCCUCUUGCUUUGGCAACUGGUUCCGAUGCCCUCGUGGGAAUCUUAAGAGCUGGUCAGUUCUUGGCUGCUGAAGAAGUCGACAAGGAUGCCACUGCAGUUUACGCUCUGCCUGAGACCCGUGAAGUCAUGGAUAAGGAAAAUCUUGCUAUCACCGUCACCAAAGCUAGCUUUGAGUGGGAGACUUUUGAAGACGCCUCCGAUGAGAAUCCAAAUGAAAAGAAGGAAGGUGUAUCGAAAAAAGUUAACACUGACACUAAUUUGAAUGCUGAGACCGCCAUUGAUGAAGAAACUCCUAUUGACGAAAAGCUGACCCUGUCUACGAACACCGUUAAAGAGUCAGAAGUCGAACAAAAGUUAACAACCAUUUCCACUAAAGCCUCCACUAUGGAAGCCACCAUCUUUUCUGGUUUGAAGGACAUCGACUUCUCGGUUGCGAAGGGAGAAUUCGUGGUGAUUACUGGACUCAUCGGAUCCGGCAAGACCUCCUUAUUGAAUGCCCUUGCAGGUUUCAUGAAAAGAACUGACGGUCAUGUGGAUGUCAACGGCAGCCUUUUACUCUGUGAGAACCCUUGGAUUCAGAACGCUACGGUGAAGGAUAACAUCUUGUUUGGUGAAGAAUUUGAUCAAGAAAUUUACGACGCCGUCGUUUACGCCUGUUCUCUCGAGAGUGACUUGGCGAUUUUGCCUGCCGGCGACCAGACCGAAAUUGGUGAAAGAGGUAUCAAUUUGUCUGGAGGUCAGAAAGCCAGAAUCAAUUUGGCUAGAGCCGUUUAUGCCAACAAGGAUAUAAUUCUUUUGGAUGACGUAUUGAGUGCUGUCGAUGCCCGCGUUGGUAAGCACAUCAUGAACAACUGUAUAUUGGGUCUUCUUAAGGAGAAGACGAGAAUCUUGGCUACUCAUCAGUUAUCUCUCAUCGGUGCCGCUGACCGAAUCAUUUUCCUCAAUGGUGAUGGUACAAUUCAAGUAGGUACUUUUGAGGAGAUGAGAAGGACUAACCCUGGAUUUGAUCAUUUGAUGAACUUCAGUUCUGAAGCUGCUGGUGAUGAUGAAGAAGAAGAGGAAGAAGCAAAGGCUCCCCUUGAAUCACUGGAAAUCGUGGAAGAGCGCGAAAUGAUUGAACGUCAACUUUCCAAGAGGCAAAGUACAAUUCAGGAUGAGGAGGCUGAGCAUCGUGACUUCAAAGUCAAUGAGAAAGAAGAUGGUCGCCUUGUGAUGCAAGAAGGCAGAGCUGUGAAUCGUAUCAAAUGGAUUGUGUACAAAAACUAUAUCAAGUACGGUUCUGGCAUUUUCAAAUACUACUCAAGUGUUCCAAUUAUUCUCACAUUGACUGUCAUUGCUAUAUUCUGUCAAUUAUUUACUAACACCUGGUUGACAUUUUGGUCGGAUUUUAAGUUUAAGGGUAAAGAUAACGGAUUUUACAUCGGCUUUUAUGUGAUGUUCACUGUACUUUCAUUCAUCUUUUUGGCGUCUGAGUUCAUUAUCGUGGCGUACAUGACUAACGAAGCUGCCAAAACUUUGAAUUUGUUAGCUGUUAGCCGAGUUUUGCGUGCUCCGAUGUCGUUCAUGGAUAUCACUCCGAUGGGAAGAAUCUUGAACAGAUUUACCAAGGACACUGACACAUUGGACAACGAAAUCGGCAACCAAGUCAGGAUGGUAAUUUAUUUUUUGUCUAGUAUUGUUGGUGUCAUUGUAUUGUGUUGCGUUUAUCUUCCGUGGUUUUUAAUUGCAGUUCCCUUCUUGGGUGCAAUUUUUGUCGCUGUUUCAAACUUUUACCAGGCAUCUGCUAGAGAAAUUAAGAGAUUGGAAGCCACACAGAGAUCAUUCGUUUACAACAAUUUCAAUGAGACCUUGAGUGGAAUGAACACCAUCAAAGCUUACAAGGCUCAGGAGCGCUUCAAAACUAAGAAUGCUACUUUUAUCAAUAACAUGAACGAAGCCUACUACUUGACCGUCGCAAACCAGCGUUGGUUAGCCAUUCAUUUGGACAUCGUUGCUACGUUGUUUGCUUUCAUCAUUUGUUUCCUUUGUGUUUUCCGAGUUUUUAGUAUUGGAGCAUCAGCCACUGGUUUGUUGUUGUCCUACGUCUUGCAGAUUGCCGGUCAAUUGUCAAUGUUGAUCAGAACUUACACCCAGCUUGAGAACGAAAUGAACUCUGUUGAACGUCUUUGUGAGUACGCUUUUCAUCUCGAGCAGGAGGCUCCUGCCACCUACGCGAACUCGACACUCCCCUCAACAUGGCCACAAGAGGGCCAAGUCAGCUUUAUUAAUGCAUCAUUGGCGUACAGAGCAGGUUUGCCAAAUGUCUUGAAGUCCAUCAACAUGGAUAUAAAACCAAAGGAGAAAAUCGGUAUUUGUGGUCGUACUGGUGCCGGUAAAUCUUCCAUUAUGACAGCCUUGUUCAGAUUGUCCGAAUUGAAUGAAGGCAGAAUUGAAAUUGAUGGUGUCGAUAUCAGCAAAAUUGGUCUAAAGGAAUUGAGGACGAAGCUCUCUAUUAUCCCUCAAGAUCCUGUUUUGUUCCGUGGAACUAUUCGUAAAAAUUUAGAUCCAUUUGGCGCCAGUGAAGACAAUGUUUUGUGGGAUGCCAUGAGAAGAGCUGGUCUCAUUGAAAAAUCAAAGUUAGAGAUGAUCAAGAGUCAAACGAAACAAAGCGAAAACCUCUACAAGUUCCACUUGGAUAGAGAAGUUGAAGAUGAUGGCUCGAACUUUUCGUUGGGUGAAAGGCAGCUUAUAUCAUUCGCCAGAGCAUUGGUGAGAGGAUCCAAGAUUUUGAUUUUGGAUGAAGCUACGUCAUCUGUCGACUACGAAACGGAUAGCAAAAUUCAGGAGACGAUCAAGCGUGAAUUCACUGAAUGCACCAUUUUGUGUAUUGCUCACCGAUUGAAGACUAUCCUUAACUACGACAGGAUACUUGUCUUGGACAAGGGAGAAAUCAAGGAGUUCGACACCCCAUGGAAUCUCUUCAAUCUGAAGAACAGUAUCUUCCAACAGAUGUGUGAAAAAUCCAACAUCACCAGAGAUGAUUUUCUUUAA